AAUGCCUCUAAAUGUUUUAUAAGAUAUUUAUACUUCUUUUAUUUUCUUAUUUAUAAAAAUUAAAUAUUAUAUGACAAAAAAUAAUAAGUAGAGAAUGAUAAUUUUGUAUUGUUAAAGCUGUAAAUAAAAUAAAAUAAAAAAUAUUAUAUUCAUAUAAGUAGAUAAAUAUAUUUUUAAAGUUAUGUGUUGUAACAAAGUUAUUUAUUGACUAAACAAAAAAAAAAGCAGAUCAACACUACCAAAUGUUGGCGGAUAAGAUCUGCAUGCAGAUCUCCUGCUUUUUCCACAAAAAGACAAAAAAUAUCGCAUGCAGAUCUCCCGUUUGAACUGUUUUUGCAAACAGAAUAUGGUGAAUGGUGAAUGCAGUGCGGGAGAACUGCAUGUGCAGGAGAACUGAACUCGUCCCCCCGCUCCUCCAUUCGGACACAUAGACAAGGGUCAAUGCUGUGACUGUGAGUCUUGUUUUCUCUGUCCUUGCUGUUUCUUUGGAGUUUUUGCUGGAAACGUAACAGUGAGUCUUAAUUACACAACAAACGUAAGAAGACUUUCAUUUCUUAAAUACUAAGUUAUUGGGACUUGUAUUUCAACCACGCGGCUUGGGGAAGCUCGCAUUGUUUUGUUUCAAUGUUUUGAAUCAUCACGUUCAAAUUAAUACUAGAAGAAACCUCUUGCUAUUCCCUAGUCCCAACUUUAGUGGUUCAGUAUGUACAAAUAGAAGCGAAUCAUUGUCUUCCUCAAGACACAGAACUUGGUUUUGUAAACACUCUUCUGCUAUUCUUUUUCCUCAUUUUUUUUUCAUUCCAAUGGAGGAAACAAAGUUUAGUCUGAGACUUCUGGUUGAUGAGAAGAAAAACAAAGUUGUUCUAGCUGAGGCAUGUAGAGAUUUUGUUGACGUCCUCUUCAGUCUCCUAACUCUUCCCAUGGGCACCAUUGUCAGACUUCUCGAGAAGCAUAACCUACAUCAAAUGAGAUUAGGAUGUUUUCACAACAUUUACAAAAGUGUUUCAGAUAUGACCAUCCACGAUUUUGAGACCGAGGCUUGCAGAACUAUGUUGCUUUAUCCGAAGAGCACUAAGGAGAUCCAUUGCAGGAGACUGAAGCUGAACAUUGAUGAUACUGAGGCUACAAAAUUCUUCAUAUGCCCACUUCAUUUUAGUAGGGAAAGUUGUAAGAAGUACAGCAACUUUAACACUUCGAGGUGUAGCUGUGGAAAUUUGAUGACAAAUCAGUUUCAGGUUUCAGAGGAAGACCAGAUCGGAAGCCCAAUAGGAAAUAAUGAAGAUGGAGUGUUUGUUAGCUGUCGUUCUUCUUACAUUAUCACUGAUAAUCUGAGAGUGACACAGAACUCUCUUGGUGUUAUUGCAAAUGAGCUCAAUGUAUUAGGAUAUGCAGAUUGUAAUGACUUGCAGGAGUUUCUUCUUGAUGUUGGCUAUAAAGAGGUGCUGGCUCUACUUGGAAACUUUUUUGCUUCGGAGUUUCCAUUAUCACUUACGUUCCUCAGCAAACAUCUUCUAAAAUGGUCUCUUCCUCAUGCAGUAAAAGAUGAGUGUGUAAAAGGAGGCCAUGAAUGUAAUGUGAAGAUAUUUGUCAGAAAGUUUGACAGGAAGAUUCUCUAUGCAGAGUGCAGCCAAGACUUUAUUGAUUCUCUUCUUGGCCUUCUUGUUCUCCCUCUUGAUUUGGCAUGGUCAUUAACUAAUAAUAGUCCAGUUCUAGGAUGUGUUGGAAAUUUAUGCCGAAGUGAGUGUAGAGAAGCUUCAGCUUCCACUCCCUGGGAGAUACCUUAUUAUUAUACCUGCAGUAAACAAAUUCUUGACAUUCCUCCUCAGCCAACAGUGGAAUAUUCCUAUCCAUGUUCACUCGGUCCUGUACCUCCGGUUCCGAGUUUUGUAAGGCAUGUUCAAGGCCCUGUUAUCAGAAUUAUAAGAGUGAUACCAAUGGACCCAAAAGUUGAGUCUGAGACUCCCUCAAAAUAUGGUUUUGGGUUUGUGAAGAGAGGUGUGAGGUUUAUUGUGUCUGAUGAUCUGGUUAUAACACCGAUGAGUUCAUCUUCAACCAUUGGUUUGUUUAUGAAGAGUAAAAUCAACAACAUGAGUGAUUUUGAGGAGCAGGAAAUCAACAUUUCUAAAGCAGAGGUAUGCUUGUAAUAUUAUUGCUUUUACUUUGGGUAUGACCCUUUUGCCUCAAUAUAAACUGUUUAUAUCUCUGGAACAUCCUUUCUUUGCAGCUCAUCAACAUUCUUAGAGUUUCCUUAAUCUCCCGUUCUGCAUUAACCAAUGGUCUAUCAAGCAUUUUUGAAAAGGAUCCUAAACAGGUGGUUUGCAUAUGCCAAACAGAAGUUUAUUAUACUAUAAUCCUCCAACUUUCAAUUUUUUUUUUAUAUCUCUUUGCCUCUUUAUUAAUCGUUGUAAUUUUCUGAACUUGAUGUUCUUACAGGACCUUGCUAUUGUUUGAACCUUGCUGAACAACCCAUAUUCUCUGAAGAAAAUCAAAUGGAACUGCUUAUCUUUGUUAUGGUUUUUAGACUAUGCUUCAAGCCGUCAACUAGCAUUGUUUUUUUUUCUUUUAUUCAUCUGUUUUCUAAACUCUUUUGAUGGUCUUAUGUAUGGAGUUUAUUUUGCUUAUUUUAGAUCAUUGGCCUCUGAACUAUUCCUUGUUUUGUCAAUCCUUUGGGAGACAAUAAAAAUAUAAUCAGCCCUCACAACUAGCAACAUUUCAUGGGAUCAAACCUUAUCUCAUUAUCAGACGAAUAUAUGACCACGUCAACUGAAAUCCAGUAGCUAUAAAUCAAAACAACCUUUUGGCACCCCCAAUUGGGUAUUGUUAAUUUUGAAACUGUAGCUUACAAAAUUAGUCUUCUGUAUUCAAAGAGUAGGAAUGAGAUUCAUUGCAGAAGGCUUGGUCUGAACAUGGAUGAUACAGAGCCCUCAAAAUUCUUUGUAUGUCCCUUUUUCUUGAAGAAUGAUUUGUGCCGCAGUUACAGCAAUUUUAACUCCUCCAAGAGCAGAUGUGGAUAGUGAAUGACCAAACAGGUUCAGGUUCCAGGAGAAGUGCAAGCAGGAUACCAGAUUGGAAAUGAUGUAGAUGGAGCUUUUGUCAGCUACAGAUUACUAAUCCUUUUGGGAGUCACAUGACUCACACUGAAUUAUGCUGAAAGAUGUAGGGUGUGAAGCUCUUUGUAACAUGAGAUAAAUUUUUCUUGAAUCAAAUACACUUAUUGCUCAUAUGUUUUCUUC